UGGACGCGGAACAAGGAGGAGGAGAAGGAUCAGCAGCAGCAGCAACGGAGCUUCGACAGCUCGCCUAUAAACAAAGCAUAAGAAGGGACGACCAAGGAGGUUUUUCUUUUGUCCUUAUUAUUUAUUUUUAAGGAUUAGAGCCGUCCAACUUGCGAGACAAGCGCCGAAGAGUUUUGUUUUGCCAACCCCGCGGUCGCCUCGGAGCGGUCGACAUGGAUAAAGUUGUCGGUUGGUGGUUUGCCACCUUCACGCUGCUGCUAUCCGCCCGGGGAGAAGUUUUUAAAGGUGACUGUAACUUUGCGAAACCUCUGGCAGCGUGUGGCUACAGCCAAGGCAAAGACGAUGACUUGGACUGGGAACAAGUGAAUGCUAGAGAGAAGACUUCCUCUGACCCAUGGAUGCCCUCAGGUGCAGCCUUUAUGAUGGUCAACACUUCUGGACGUUUCUCUGGGCAGAAGGCUUCAAUGCUGACCCCCCAGUUACGGGAGAACGACACCCACUGCGUCAUCUUCCACUACUACAUCGGCGGGCGGGACAACAGCCACUCGGGCCACCUCAACGUCUACAUCAAAGAGAACAACAGCCCUCUGGGCACGCCCGUGUGGAACGUGUCCGCCCCGGCGUCUCGCGCUUGGGGUCAGGUGGAGCUGGCCGUCAGCACCUACUGGCCCAACUUCUACCAGAUUGUGUUCGAAGCCGUAACCUCUGGGCAGCGCGGCAUGCUGGCCAUCAAAGACGUCCUGGUCCAAGGCCAUCAGUGCAUGAACACGCCACACUUUCUGACGAUAAAGGGAGUGGAGGUCAACGCGGGACAGACGGCAUCUUUUCACUGCACCGUCAACGGACGCAAACGGGACAAUUUCCGCCUCUGGCUUCAGGGAAUGGGCGGACGAGAGGCCCCGAUGAAGGCCACUAAACCUUGGAACAACCGCCGGUUCAUCGGCACCUUCGAUGUGGAGAAUACCACCAAGGGCGACUCGGGUCGCUACCGAUGCAUCGUCCACUCGGACAAAGGGGUCGGCGUGUCCAACUACGGCGAGCUGACCAUUAAGCAGCCUCCGGUGCCCAUUGCGCCACCCCAACUGACUGCCGUGGGUGCCACAUACCUGUGGAUACAGCUCAAUGCCAAUUCCAUCAAUGGCGACGGCCCCAUCGUGGACCGAGAGGUGGAGUACCGCACCGUGUCGGGCACCAUGUAUGACCUGCAGCCCGUGGACAAGACUACGCACAAGAUUGGACACCUGGACCCUGACACUGAAUACGAAAUCAGCGUUCUUCUCACCAGGCCUUUGGAUGGUGGCACUGGUGCACCCGGACCACCGCUGAGGGCCCGAACCAGAUGUGCCGAGCCCAUGCACGGUCCGCGCCGUCUGGAGGUGCUGGACGUCCAAUCCAAGCAGGUGACGGUACGCUGGGAGCCGCUGGGCUACAACGUGACGCGCUGCCACAGUUACAACCUGACGGCGCAGUACCGCUCACGCGUGGGCGGCAAGGAGCAGACCCGGGAGGAGGUGUGCUACGAGGCGCAGGGUCGUGACCCGCAGCACACCAUCCACAACUUGACGCCCUUCACCAACCUCAGCGUUAAGCUGGUGCUGCGCAACCCCGAAGGCGUCAAGGAGAGCGCCGAGCUGGAAGUGCAGACGGACGAGGAUGUGCCCGGCGCCGUCCCGCUGGAGUCCAUCCAGGGCAGCGCCUACGAGGAGAAGAUCGUGGUCACGUGGCGAGAGCCGGCACAGACAUAUGGUGUCAUCACACAGUAUGAGAUCUCCUACAAGGCGGUGAGCUCUUUCGACCCCGAACUGGACCUCUCCAACCAGAGCGGCAAAGUGUCCAAGGCGGGCAAUGAGACCGCCCACGCCUUCGCGGGGCUCCACCCGGGCUCCACAUAUUCCUUCACUCUGCGCGCCAGCACAGCCAAAGGCUACGGCCCUGCCGUGGCAACCCAGUUCACCACCAAGAUUUCAGCUCCGUCCAUGCCUGCGUACGACCAGGAGACGUCGUUGAACCAGACGGACAGCACGGUGACUGUCCUGCUGAAGCCUGCUCAGAGCAGGGGCGCACCAGUCAGCGCUUACCAGGUGGUGGUGGAAGAGGAGCGCCCCAGACGGGCACGGGGCACGGCCGAGAUCCUGCGCUGCUACCCGGUCCCCAUCCACUUCCAGAACGCCACGCAGCUCAACUCUCAUUACUACUUUGCCGCCCAGUUUCCGGCCGGCGGCAUCCACGGGCCGCAGCCCUUCACCGUGGGCGACAACAAGACCUACAGUGGAUACUGGAACGCGCCGCUGCUGCCGCAGAAGAGCUACAGCGUCUACUACCAGGCCGUCAGCACCGCAAACGGGGAGACCAAAAUCGACUGCGUCCGAGUCGCCACCAAAGCCGCCAUUCUGGUGACUCAGCUCACCACACCGUACCUACGCAUCGCCCCAGCGGCCGGUGACCACCAGCACACAGGCGCCGCCACCCACAAACCCGACGCCGUGGAGCCGGAGAAGCAGACGGAUCACACGGUGAAGAUCGCCGGGGUCAUUGCCGGCAUUCUGCUCUUCGUCAUCAUCUUCCUCGGUGUGGUGCUCCUCAUGAAAAAAAGAAGAACCUAUCACUCCUACACUUACUACCUGAAACUGGCCAAGAAACGCAAAGAGACCCUGAACAGCACCCGCCAGGAGAUGACGGUGAUGGUCAACUCCAUGGACAAGAGCUACACAGAGCAGGGCACCAACUGCGACGAGGCGCUCUCCUUCAUGGACACGCACAGCCAUACGCUCAAUACGCGUAGCGAGUGCGCACUUACCACCGUCAACGCGCGCAGCGAGUGCGUGCUCACCCUCAACGCUCGCAGUGAGUGUGCGCUCACCCUCAAUGGCCGAGGUGGGUCGUCGCCUUCCUCUUUCACGCUACCCAAAGCCAACACACUCAGCGCCUCCAUCCCGACCAGCGCCUUCUACCCAGAUCCCUUUGUGCCAACCGCCAUCUUAGACGAGAGCCAGAACAUGGGCAGCGACACCAGCAGCCUGGUGCAGUCGCACUCGCUUAGGAAGCGAGAAGCUGUGGACGUGCCGUACCAGAGUGGCCAGCUGCACCCGGCCAUCCGCGUUGCCGACUUGCUGCAGCACAUCACGCAGAUGAAGUGCGCCGAGGGUUACGGCUUCAAGGAGGAGUACGAGCGCUUCUUCGAGGGACAGUCUGCGCCCUGGGACUCGGCGAAGAAAGACGAGAACCGCAUGAAGAACCGAUACGGGAACAUCAUUGCAUAUGAUCACUCGCGUGUCAGGUUGCAGGCCCUGGAGGGCGAACAGAGCUCUGAUUACAUUAAUGCAAAUUACGUUGAUGGUUACCACAGGCCAAAUCAUUACAUUGCCACUCAAGGCCCCAUGCAGGAAACUGUUUUGGACUUCUGGCGGAUGGUGUGGCAAGAAAACACGGCGGCCAUCGUCAUGGUGACCAACCUUGUGGAAGUAGGCCGGGUGAAGUGUUGUAAAUACUGGCCGGAUGACACAGAGAUCUACAGAGAUAUCAAGGUGACGCUCAUUGAGACCGAACUUCUCUCCGAGUACGUCAUCCGCACUUUUGCCGUGGAGAAGCGAGGUGCUCACGAGAUACGAGAGAUCCGUCAGUUCCACUUCACGGGCUGGCCGGAUCACGGCGUGCCCUACCAUUCCACGGGGCUGCUGGGCUUCAUCCGCCGCGUCAAGUCCAAGACCUUGAGCAAUGCAGGGCCCAUGGUGGUGCACUGCAGUGCCGGCGCCGGUCGGACGGGCUGCUUCAUCGUCAUUGACAUCAUGCUGGACAUGGCGGAACGCGAAGGUGUGGUGGACAUCUACAACUGUGUUCGAGAGCUGCGAUCUCGCCGGGUCAAUAUGGUCCAGACUGAGGAGCAGUAUGUCUUCAUCCACGACGCCAUCUUGGAAGCGUGCCUAUGCGGCGACACCACCAUCCCCGCCGGACAGUUACGCUCCGUGUACUACGACAUGAACCGGCUCGACCCGCAGACCAACUCCAGCCCCAUUAAAGAGGAGUUUCGGACUCUGAAUAUGGUGACACCCACGCUGAGGGUGGAGGACUGCAGCAUUGCGUUGCUGCCCAGGAACCAUGAAAAGAACCGCUGCAUGGAUGUGCUCCCGCCCGACCGCUGCCUGCCCUUCCUCAUCACCAUCGACGGCGAGAGUUCCAACUACAUCAACGCUGCUCUCAUGGAUAGCUACAAGCAGCCGUCGGCUUUCAUCGUGACACAGCAUCCUCUUCCCAACACAGUCAAGGAUUUCUGGAGGCUGGUGCUGGACUACCACUGCACCUCUAUCGUCAUGCUCAACGAUGUCGACCCUGCUCAGCUGUGCCCGCAGUAUUGGCCCGAAAACGGCGUCCACCGCCACGGCCCCAUCCAGGUGGAAUUUGUGUCCGCCGACCUGGAGGAGGACAUCAUCAGCAGAAUAUUCCGCAUCUACAAUGCAGCAAGGCCUCAGGACGGCUACCGCAUGGUGCAGCAGUUCCAGUUCCUGGGCUGGCCCAUGUAUCGAGACACGCCCAUGUCGAAGCGCUCCUUCCUUAAGCUCAUUCGGCAGGUGGACAAGUGGCAGGAUGAAUACGACGGCGGCGAGGGACGCACUGUGGUCCACUGUUUGAAUGGCGGCGGGCGAAGCGGGACCUUCUGUGCCAUCAGCAUAGUGUGUGAGAUGCUGCAGCACCAGCAUGCAGUUGAUGUCUUUCACGCCGUCAAGACACUAAGGAACAACAAGCCCAACAUGGUGGACCUGCUGGAGCAGUACAAGUUCUGCUACGAAGUGGCUCUGGAAUAUUUGAAUUCCGGCUAACUCGGAGAGUAUGACUCCAAAGACUUUGACGACGUGUCCGACGUGCCAAGUGUAUUGUUCGGCAGUGAGCCGACACAAACACACUAUUUUACUCAAUGACUCGCGCUUGUUGUUUUUAUCCUGACUGGACAGCGAGCAUCAAACAUUUACGGAAUGGGAACGUGUUGUUCUGUGUGUACAUAAUGAAAUGGCCUCCUUUUCUUCUUCUACUUCUUUUGUCAUUGUUUUUUUUCUCUUUCUUUUUUAAGCUGCGCUGGUGAUGAAUUCAUUAAAAUGUUGAAAUAAGAAACAAAAAAGUGGCUGAAUGUUGCUGUGAAGUCGCGACUCGUGUACGUUCGCUUCUUUUCCUUGUACGGGGCACCCAAAGCUACUCUCAUCUCUGUGUGCAUAUUGUACAGAUUUCUGUAGAUUAUUUAUUAUUUCUCAACUUUAUUUGUGACUGGCAGUGAGUGACAAUCAUAUGUUAAUAUAGUUUUGGGUUUAUGGACCGUAUUGUGUGUGUUUUCCUUUGGUCCUCCUGUAU